CAUCACAACAUUCACUCCUUAUCCGGCCUCUCCGCAAAACACCAAAGCUCCAUCUCCAACUUGGCGAUGUAGCCAUGGCCGAUGCCGGCCAUUCCAAUACGACUCCUCUGGAUCCACAUCAACAACAUUUCGACCCUUCACUUGUCGCGCACCAUCACAACUUCAAGAAUAUAACGGCGAGCCACUUUGACGGCUCUGCUUCAUUACAGCAGUUCCCCAAUCUGAGUCAAGGUUAUGAGGAGCAACCAAGCCCGAGCGUUCACUCGAACGUACAGCAUAAUGUUCCCUCCACGCCCAAUAUAGGGAUUCCAGAACACCAGUCUUUCGACAUGGCUCCACCACCCGAAACCACGUUUGGCUCUUUUGCAGACCUCCACGCGUUCGCGCAAUCUCAUGCUGCGGCGCAUGGAUACGCGCUCUCAAUCAACACUACUGCGAAGAACCGUGCUCGCGUCAAGCUUGCUUGUGUGUGCUACGGUAACCCAAAGAAUACACAUAAGCUCACAGAUGAAACCCGAAUUCGUAAGAAUCGACUGAGCGCAAAGACUGGUUGUCGCAUGUGGGUUGAAGGCAAGAAAAUGGAUGAUGGAACCUGGGUCCUACGGGUGGGACAAGGAAACCACAAUCAUGCGGGGCGCAAUGUAGAAGAGUGGUCUGUACAUCGACGACGGACCUGGGGCCUCGGGGGAGCAGGUGGUGGCAUUGUCGCAGGCGCUGUACCUGCAGCACAGACGCGUGUAGGCGGCAAUGGCUCAGUAGGAGAAAUCGUGUGGAAGAUCGUCGAGACUGAAAUGGCUCGUGGUUCUGCUGGUAGCGGUAUCAAUGAGCAAACAGGCGCGCGAGAUCGUGGAGUGGGCCGCACAGUGAAGGUACUACAGGAGCGUUUACCUGGUAUCCGUAUCUACAAGAGAGAUAUUUACAACAUUCGAGCACAAAUCAAAAAGGCCAGACUCGAGCAGGAGCAAGCGCAAGAGAACAACGGCGAUACUUCAAUGACGGACUUUGGAGCAAACAGCCAGGAUUUUGCAGACCUCGAGUCUCAGCUUGACCCAGCGCUCAUGAGACAAUGUCAACAAGCCCUUGACAACCAGCAGCAGAACGCACAGCUGCAAGGAAUGAACAAUAAUGGCACUCCCUCUCAGCUAAUACGGCAACCCUUCAUACCUGCGAGCGAACAACAGCUUCGCGCGCAUGAGCAAGCGAACGAAGAUGAAGUACUGCAGCUGCGCAUCGAGAAUCAAGAUCUCCGGGAUCAGAUCGAGAAACUCAAGGCUGAAAGUGGUAGAAAUACUAGGGAGGCCGAGAAAGCCAAAAUUGAGUCGCAAAAGCUCAAAGUCCAGGUCGAGCAAUUGAAGCUGGAGGUCAUCUAUCUUCAAACUUCUGAGAAGGAUACACAGUAGAAUUGGCGACGGCUUGUAUGCCAAGGUGCGAUGGAGGCAUUCAUGGAUGAUCCAUGCUGGCCGUUGCACUCCGAGGUACUCCGUACUUGGUCUCAAAGCAAUUCCGCUUCGUUCAAACAGUCAUUCCGAUGUGCUGUUACUUUGUUUAGAUUACCCAUGCGGCGUUAACAAGAUGUUUCGAUUAAGUGUUUCUCCUCAUAUCUUAGCGCUACAU